AUGGCUAAAAAUGCAACAGCAAUGAUGGCUAUUGGCGUCGUUCUCAUGAUGAUUGUUUUUCAGAGCAGCAUCGUGAAUGGUCAAGUUAUAUGGUUAUGUCCUGUUGGUUCUACCAAUUGUAACAAUGGUUUUUGUUGUCCGUCAUCGACUCCUGUCUGUGGAGGUAUAGGUAGAUGCUGUCCUUCGAAUUAUCCCAUUUAUUACAAUAAUCGAUGUUAUGGUAUCGUUGGAAAAUCGAGUAUCAGCGAUACAAAGGUAGACGCGGUUGUAGCAAUCCCCGGUUCGUCUUAA